CUUUAGAAAAUUUAAAAAGUGCACUACAUAAUUAAUUGCAAGUCAUGAGAGAGACAGUUGGACUGUGGAAUAAAUCCUGCGCUAUAUGUAAACGACUGGAUGGAAAAGUAGCCUUAGUCACUGGAUGCAAUACUGGAAUCGGUCUUUACACAGCUAGUGAACUGGCACGUCGUGGAGCAACAGUCAUUAUGGCAUGUCGUAAUAUGGAAAGGGCUGAAAAGGCGAAAAAUCAAUUACUUGAGAAAUAUGGUGACAGUAAUCCUGACUGUUUAAAGAUUGACGUGGCGUGCAAUGAAGUGAUUUCAUCGUUGACACCAAUAGAAGCAGAUCAGUUAAUAAUUGAACUACUGGAUUUAGCUUCACUGAAGUCAAUCAGAGAAUUUGUCGGCAAGAUUAUUAGUCGUUUCACUAGACUGCACUAUUUAAUUAACAAUGCUGGGGUUUUAUUAUAUAAUUAUGAAAAAACAGAAGAUAACUUUGAGACAACCAUGGGAGUGAAUUAUUUUGGUCAUUUUCUACUCACUGAAUUACUUCUCCCACUGUUGAAAACCUCUGCACCGUCAAGAAUAAUAAUUGUCUCGUCUAUGGGUCACUAUUAUGGUAACAUUUACAAACCAGAUUUACAAUGUAAUAAAGGUGGAUUUUCAGCAUACAAUGCUUCGAAACUAGGAAAUGUUCUGCAUGCUUUCGAAUUAAGUAAACGUUUAAAGGAUACUGGUGUCGAUGUGGUUAGUGUUCAUCCAGGAUUUGUAUAUACUGAAAUUCAAAGAGGAAUGUCAACUAAUCUGCUGAAAAUUCUUACGCCAAUAAUCAAACCAUUUUUAAGUAGUUCUUGGAAAGGAGCACAAACUACACUGUAUACGGUGUUGACAGAUAAUUUAAUCUCUGGUGGUUACUAUUCAAACUGUACAAUGAAAGAACCUGCAAGUAUAGUGAAAAAUGAUCAAGAGAGGAAAUGGUUUUGGAAUCGAACAUGUGAACUAUUAAAUAUUGAUCAUAAUGACUGAGCUAAUAAUUGAAAAGUACUAAUUGUGAAACAUUGAUUUGAAUAUGAAUACGUGAAGGUGACUAAGUUUGAUUGUUAAAGCUGUCAUUUCCUUAAAGAUAAUUGUCUCAAAUCUGUUCUUACGUGUUUAGAAUUAAUCCGCUUGAAUGCCAAUUUUCCUAAAGAUCACAGUGGUGGCUGUCAGUCAAAAUCUUACGUGACUUGCUAAUUUUUAUUUCCACCCUAACAAGAGCUGUGUCAGUUAAUUUUCGAGACACUUCUUUCUAACAAGAUAUUUAUAUACUAUAAUACUUCAGAUACCUUAUCAUCCUGAAAUGUAAUUUCAUUAUGACCCUCCUACAGUACGCCUGUUGAGUGACAAAAGUAUGUUAAAAUUGUACAGUGAAUUAUUUCAUUGAAGAUUACAAGUUUUGUGCAGCUGAUGAGAACCAACGAAAUAAAAUGCUUCCAUUUUUAUUCUGCAC